ACUAGCUAUUUAUUCUUUUUAUUAUUCCAUUCCAUCAUCAAAAUUAUCUCAACUCACUCUCCUCAUUCCCAAUCUUUUCUAUUCUAUAAAUCCCAUAACAUCUUCUACUCACUAUUUCUCUCCCACAAUCUUCCUCUCUAAUAACUCCUCCAAUCCAACGGCCUAUAUUCAUCCUCAAACAAGAUCUAAUCCAAUCCAAUGGGUUCUGUUUCUUCAGAACUGACUUUAGAUUUAACACCCACUUUCGUCCCCAAAACCAUCGCUAGUUUUCUCUACAAUCUUUCCACAAUUCAAACUUCCUCUCAUAAACUCUCUAAACUCCACGAUUUUCUCUCCAGAUUGGAACAAGAACUCAAUAAGAUCCACGCAUUCAAACGCGAACUACCUCUCUCCAUGCUCCUCUUAAACGAUGCAAUCUUAAUUUUGAAGGAGGAAUUGGAGAAAUGCAGACGUGAGAAUUGUGUGCCGGUUUUGGAAGAGUUUAUUCCGUUGAAGAAAGAGAUUGAUCAUAGUGAGGAAAAUCAUGAUAUUGAUAGAGAUAAGAAUAAUGAAUGCAGAGAUAAGAAGAAUUGGAUGAGUUCUGUUCAGCUAUGGAACACGACCACCACAACAACCACCACCACUACUAAUAACAAUGAUAAUAAUAAUAAUGCUUAUGAAUCUGAUCAUAAAGUUCGGAACAAUCAAAAUAAAUUAGAAACCAAGAAAAGGGAAGAGGAAGAAAAAUCUGUGACGGUAGCUGAAGAUCGUUUUCAAUCUUGUAGUAGUAAUAGGAAUGGAGGAAGUGCUUUUAUGCCAUUUUCUACGUAUUCUUCUGUUCCUGUGACGACGGUUACAUUGGCUGCACCUAAAGAUGAGAAAGAUGAAAGUGGUGUGAAUAGACUGUCUUUUAUGAUGCCUGGAGUGAAAGGUUUGAGGGAAGGAUUUGAUUCGAGGGGAUCGAGGAGUAGUUCCAGCAGGGCUGUUUCUGUUUCGUCUUCUCCUCCUACGGUGCAGCCGAGUUUGCGCAGCGCGCCAGUUCAGCCGCAGCAGAUUGCUAGGAAACAGAGGAGGUGCUGGUCGCCGGAGUUGCAUCGGAGAUUUGUUAAUGCAUUGCAGAAGCUUGGAGGCUCUCAAGCAACGCCAAAGCAAAUCAGAGAACUGAUGCAAGUUGAUGGCUUAACUAAUGAUGAAGUGAAGAGCCAUUUGCAAAAAUACCGGCUUCAUACACGGAGAGUUCCAGCUGCAAACGGUAACGAGUCUGUUGUAGUUCUUGGAGGUUUAUGGAUGUCUCAAGAACCAUACAAUGGAUCUUCCAAAGGUAGCAGUUCGGCCUCCGGUUCUCCACAAAGUCCCCUUCAUUUAGCUACAGGAUCCCGGGGAGGGACAUCCCGAACCGAAGGUGAUAGCAUGGAAGACGACGAUGAAGAUGCAAAAUCAGAGAGUUAUAGCUGGAAAAGUCAUAUUCAGAGACAUGGACAAGUUGGUGUAUAGGAUUAUACUCUCCACCAUGAAAUUUUGCAGAUAAAAGUAUACAUGGGAGGAGUUUUACAACUACAUUGAGAAUAAUAAUACAUGAAUACAUAGAGAAGAGAGAGAGGCUAUUGGAAUUUUAUAUAGAGUUUUGAUUUGAGACUAUGAAAAUUAUAAUUUUAUUAAUCCUCUAUUCCACCA